GUCAUCACGCAUCGUUUCCAAACAAUGCUCGGGGAAAAAGCCACGUUGACGAUCCAGACAGAAGUGUAGUGCUAAAUUGCAGGCACACUAAAGCGGGUUCAUUUUUGUUUGUUUAUUUUGCUGUGUUUGUCAGGCGCUCUGGUUCCUUCCCUCACGCCCCAGACUCCACGUCGGAGCCGCGAUGUCAUCACCGCCGAAGGAGAAAGUCGAAACCAAAGGAGGACAUCCCCCUGCAGUGAAGGCAGGAGGUAUGAGGAUAGUGCAGAAGCACCAGCCGGCUCCUACUCCAGAACCAUCACAGAAAGAUGACAAUGAGGAGUAUGUCAGCAGCAGUCCACCAAAGGCCCCUGUGAUUGUGUCUGGAGUGGUUACAAAGGGUGACAAGGACUUCACCCCGGCAGCUGCCCAGGUGGCCCACCAGAAGCCCCAGCCGUGUGUCCCCAAGCUGCCUCCUGCCCAGCACAUCAACCAGCACAUCCACCAGCCCCGCAAGUGAGCCAAGCAGCAGCAGGCUACAGUGGCUACGCUAACUCCACCAGCCAGCCUUCCAAAUGGAACACAUGAGAUGAAGGUGUUUCCCCACUGGGCACAGAUCUCCUCCAAAUAAUCAGAGUAAUUUUUGCUAGCCAAAUUCCAAUACAGCUAUUGUAGAAGUCCCACUCUUUACAUCCUUGCUGCAUUGGUGCUGCACUUUUAGUUCUGCAAUGUGGGGCCUCUCCUUAAAAGGGGUUGCGCUCACAGUUGUAAAGUCUUAAGAUGGUGUAAAUUGGCAGAGGGUCUUCUAAAAUGGCUAUGUAUGUUGGAAUUGAUCUUAGAUUUAAGUCUGUGGGGGGGGGACUCUCUCUCAACCAAUGUGCUGACCAAUAAUGGAUCACCACAACCAACCGAUCACUGCAAACCCAUCAAUCAGGCCAACUAACCAACCAAUCACCUCACAGUGAUUAGCCCAAAGCUCCAUCCUUCUACCUAUGAUCUUCACAGACCAAAAGAACCAAUCAACAAAUCACGCGCUGGUCACCAGUUUUACAUCAUCACCACAAACCAAAAAGAACACAAUGCAGCCUCUAAAUUACGAGAACCUGUUCAGUGUGAGCAUGUGAUUGAGAUUCUCACCAACUUGCACGCAUAGACCAGAGAAAUCUAAACUAGUUACACAAGAGCAUUAACCAGUUAUUAGCCUAAAUGCUAAGGUUACCAACUUUUUUUUGAAAAACAUUCCAUUUGACCUUUUCCCCCCAUAUCCCCACCAGAAAUGUCCAUCAAAAUUAGAGAUAUAGUGCCUGCAGUUGAAAUUUGUUAAUAUAUUCCCUCUUAAGAAGAAAUUUGACAUUUUUUGAUUUUAUAGAUGCCCUAGAAGGAGAUGCAAAACAUGACCCAUUUCUCUGUAAUGAUGGCUGUUAUCACCAAAAUAGCUGCUUGAUGCAUGUCAUUAAUGUCAUGACUCAAGAUGGCUACCUACAGUAGAAACUAAUUUUGCUUUUCGGCCAUAGAAAAAAACUGCCUGGCUUUUGCUACAAUUUCCUCCUGUGUCACUGUUAUUGCCUUUUUUUGAACAGGGAAGAGCCUUACUCUUUUCUGAUCUGCUCUCCAAACAAUGAUAACAAAUUUAAAUGCAAACUCAACCUGCUUCAUCAUAAAAGUUUCCCAGCAGUGCCUUAUUGUUUGGAUGCUUCGAUGUUUUGACUUGUUUGACCCGCGCAGAUUUGCAUUUUAUCUCCUACACACCAGAGUCAGCUGGGAUGAAAAUGGGGGCAAAAAUGGAAUGAAAUCUAAAGAAAGCUAAUUACUGUGAAGCAGCUGCGGGAUGUUAACAUUAAUGUUAACCUUAACACCACAAGGGAGUUUCUGUGCUUUAUUAUGAGCUGAACAAAUCAUUGCAGAGAACAGUGGGUCAGGAUAGUGAGACUCUUGGCUGUAAAAUGAAGGUGAAGACGUUAACAUAUUAGGAAACCAGCACAACACGUUCCAUAGAAAAGUGUUUGAACAAAUAUUUCAACCAUGUGACAGUUUAUCAGUAUACAGAAAAUGCAAUAUUUUGUUAUUUCCACAAGUCAGGGUAUCUGCAGAUAUGGCUCUUGGCAUAUCAGGAAUCUGUAUCAGCCUCCCCCCUCUAAAAAAAAAAAAAAACAACAAUCCAGAUCAGAAUUUCCC